UUUAACUAACUUGAACAUACAAGAUUUUGCGAGAUGAUGAUCAAGAGCGCACUGCCGUUUGUGGCGAUGGUGGUGGGUCAGGUUGCACAGGUGGGUUUAGCGGUAGCUGGAAUGAAAGCCAUAGAAACCGGGAUGCGUAACUUUUCUUUCAUAUUUUACUCCAACGUGGUAGCAUCUCUUGUUCUUCUUCCAGCUGCCUUUAUCAUUCAUAAACCACCAAAUCGUCCUGCACUAACUUUCUCAGUUGCCGGUGGUUUUCUUGGGCUUGGCAUACUAGGAUUCUUGGUACAGGUAGUUGGGUACACUGGACUUACAUAUGCUUCUGCUACUGUUGCUACAGCGAUUCUUAAUCUCAUACCGGGCUUCACGUUUGUACUUGCCAUCAUCUUCGGGGUAGAAAAACUAGGUUAUGGAAGGUGGGCCAAAAUCGUUGGGACAACAGUUUCAGUUGCAGGAGCUCUCAUCGUUACUUUCUACUCAGGCCCUGUGAUUAUAACGUCUCGUUUAAGUUCAAUUGCCCCAAAAUUUCUCAUUGGGGAAUCAUCAGACUUGAUACUUGGUGGAGUGCUGAUGCUAAUUGACAGUGUCUUAGCUGCAUUGUUCAUUAUCGCACAGGCAUUGAUUAUGAAGAAAUAUCCAGCUGUUUUGAUUGUGAUGCUGGCUUAUUGCUUCAUUAUAGCCGUUCUCUCUCUUUUAACUUCCUUGAUUUUAGAACACGACCUGAAUGCAUUUAGUUUACAGUCUAAAACAAGGUUAUUUUCCGUUCUGUACUCGGGGUUCUUUGGAGCGGGUUUUCAAGUUACAAUUGGAGCAUGGUGUGUGAAGAUGAAAGGACCACUUUUUGUUGCCAUGUUUCACCCGUUAGGGAUUGUCAUUGCAGCCAUUUUGGGUGUCAUAAUUUUAGGGGAUGGUCUCUAUCUUGGAUGUUUACUCGGAUCAGCAGUCAUUGUUAUUGGAUUUUAUGGUGUGAUGUGGGGUAAGGCUAAAGAAGAUAAAAUUGUUGCUGCGAGCAUGGUUGAGAGCUCAAAGUUCCCUCUCUUGCAAGACAAGCCUGAAGAGCACAAUGUUGUAUGAUUAUAAAUAUAUCAGCCUUGAAAUUCUCUUCGUUAUAGUGUACGACAAGAAAACAGCAUCUAGUGUAUUAGCUAGCAUUAAAGAAAUCAUGUAUUUGCGCCAAAGUUAGGAUUAUAGUGUGAUUGGCUAUCUACUUACUUUUGGCCCAUUGCGGUAAACAUGCUGCUUUCAUGUCUCAAAUUUGUG